UACAGCAAUUUAGCGAUGGGCGAAUCUUCCUUUCUCAUAUUCAAGAUGCAGGCCUCAACGUCAUGGACGCGCCUUUUGGUCCUGUUUCUCUUGACCCAAUGGACAUGCGCCGCCGGUCGACUGUUGCACUUUGAAGUAACAUUGACAUGGGAGGACCAUGCUCCUGCGGGCACGGCGAGGAAGAUGAUCCUCAUGAACAAACAGAGCCCUGGCCCUACGCUAUACAUGAGGCAGGGCGAUGAGGUGGAGUUCCUAGUUACCAACGAGCUUCCGUUCGCGACAACAGUUCACUUUCAUGGAAUUGACCAACAGGGGACACCGUGGUCGGACGGCGUGCCAGGACUGUCACAGACGCCUAUCCAACCGGGUUGCCAGUUUAUUUACCGAUGGACAGCAUUCGAUUAUGGAACCUACUUCUACCACGCUCAUUCCAGGGGUCAGAUCGAAGAUGGCCUGUACGGAGCCAUCUACAUCCGACCCGACGACUCGGUUGAGCGUCCAUUUCACCUGAUCACCAAUGACUCGGCUCAACUGUCCGCCAUGGCGAAGGCCGAGGAGGCGACGCAACCCGUGAUGCUGUCGGACUGGCGCCAGUUGACCUCGGAGCAGAUUUGGGAUGCGGAGGAGGCCACCGGACUCGACGCGCUGUGCGUCAACGCGUUGCUGGUCAACGGCAAGGGCUCGAUCACUUGUUUGUCGCAGCAGACCCUCGACGAGUAUACCACGGCCGCGCAAAGGCUGGUCCUCGGGAACACCAGUCUGACCGAUAUUGGAUGUAUACCGCCCUCCAAUGUUUACGCCCAGGGUGACUACCCGCACAACUACAGCGCCAUCCAGCCCAGCAUGUACUACGGCUGCACUCCGUCCCAAGGAUUGUAUGAGACGUUCGAGGUCGACCCGUCCAUCGGCUAUGCAAGUUACGAUCUGAUCAGCGCGGCGGGCGUGUCGGCUCCCACCUACUCAAUUGACGAGCAUCCCAUGUGGGUGUAUGCCAUUGACGGCCGGUACAUCGAGCCCACCCUUGUUGAUGCGGUGACGGUCUACAACGGGUACCGCUACUCGGUGCUUGUGCGGCUGGACAAGCCCGCGGGCGACUACACCGUACGCGUGGCCAAUUCGGGCCUGAACCAGAUCAUCAACACGACUGCCACCAUGUCAUACAUGACGGCGGCGGGGAGACCUUCGUCGGGUGGACGGCAGUCUGAGCCCUUCGUCAAUCUCGUCGGCGCCGGAGUCACCAACACCACCACCAUCCUGGAAGAUGCGGCCACUGUUCCCUUCCCCGUGCAGGUUCCUUCGUCGGACGUUGCGCAGACGGUCGUGCUGACCGUCGGCCACUGGAACGCCUCGUAUCGCUGGCAAAUGGGGAACACGAGCUUCCCUCUCGCGCUGGAAGAUGACAAGCCGUUACUCUUCGACCCGGCCUCCGCCCCGACAGGACUGACCGUCCACACCGUCAACGGGACCUGGGUCGAUGUGAUCUUCAACAUCGACAAGGCCAUCCAGCCCCCGCAUCCGGUCCACAAACAUUCGAAUAAGUACUUUGUUCUGGGAGAGGGGUCCGGCGCUUGGAACUAUUCUUCCGUCGCAGAGGCCAUGCAAUAUAUCCCCGACAGUUUCAACCUGGUCACGCCCCAGAUCCGCGACAGCUACAUCACCCCGCCGGCCGCGACGGGUCCUACCUGGCUCGCGAUCCGGUACCAGGUCGUCAACCCGGGCGCGUUUCUCAUGCACUGCCACAUCCAGGUCCAUCUUUCUGGGGGGAUGGCCGUGGCAAUGCUUGAUGGGGAGGAGGUCUGGCCGAAGAUACCGGAGGAGUACCGCAGGCCAAAGUGUCGUAUCACUGAAUGAGGCAUCUACAUUUGAUUUAGAUAUUCUCAGUGCGUAUAUAAGACAUUAGUUAUGAAAUAUAGAAAUAUCCAUUCUGAAUUGCAUUUGAUU